AUGGGUAAGGUUCACGGAUCUCUCGCUCGUGCCGGUAAGGUCAAGGCCGCCACUCCUAAGGCAAGUGUUGAGCCCCAGGAGAAGAAGAAGACCCCCAAGGGCCGCGCCUACAAGCGUGUCCUGUACACCCGUCGUUUCGUCAACGUCACCAUGACCGGUGGCAAGCGCAAGAUGAACCCCAACCCCGGCCAAUAG